ACGUAAGUACACUGGAACACAAUGGAUCCGUAACUCGCUCACCUCUGUGACUUUGGUGUCCAAUGAAGCUGCAUACCAAUUGUUGUUGCUACCGUUGCAGCUGCUGCUGUUGUUGCUAUUGUUACUAUUGUUGUUGUUGUCUUUGGCCUGCACGAGGUGCAUGAACAAAACCUCGUGGAUUGCCUUCGACUCCCUUUUGUGGGUGGUUGGUUGGAUGGUUGGUUGGUUGGUAGGUUAGGGGCUUGGUUAACUUACGUAGAGCUUGCCAAGUACCCUGGAAAUGAAACUUCCCUUCUCGAGCUCACCUUGGCACCAAGGUAAGAUAGUGUACUACCGUUCCUUGGGAACACAAGGUGGUUGGAACCGUGGAUAGGAGUAAUACGGAGAAGAACGGUAAAAGAGGAAGAAGAAAAAGAAGAAGACCAUGGCCAAUGUCUUGAGGAACAAAAAGAAGAAGAAAAAGAAAAGAAGAAGACGCACUGGAACACUUGAAAGGAACAGUCUUCUUACCUAGCCGCAAUAAAACUUGGCGAUCGUGUUUCUCCUCCCCUUGUUCUUAGUCCCAACGAUACAGAUUUUCUGGACCCUCUUCCUAACAACAACUCCUUGAGUCCAAGAGCUAUUGAACGAAAGUGAAUAUAUAGGCCCAACCACUUCUGAAUCAACCUAACUUUAGACGCAUAUCAUUCCCUGCAUUCGAGUUUGUGCAAUUCAAGAGCCUCAGCAUUGUCCCAUGUGCCCUUUACCCCACCGCCAGUAAGAUCCGACACCAAUGGGGUGGUGAUUAGUGGUCAUGGAAGCGGAGAGAAUCGCCAAAUCGUUAACAAUUUACCACCAAAAGUAUCGGGCCUCCAUUGCCAAGCGGCAAAGUGUGAGCCUUGCCACCAAUUUGGCGUCGACCUCAGGAGCGGAGGCCACCCAAAAUGGGCAGCACAAAAAUGGGGGCCUACAAAACGGCGGAGGUGGUCCAGAGCGGAAAAUAUCCUCCGAACUAUUCCGUAAGGUUGUUCCGGGGAAAUGCAGCGACGGAAAAGUGGUGGAAUUGAAUAACUUGAACGACUAUAGCAGUCAGCAAGUGAAGGGCGAGAUCCUUGAAUAUGAGACGAGUUUUACCUUGAAGAGCAUUCAGCUUUGUCCAGGGUGUCAAGGUGGCGAACAAGAUAAUCCGAAGAUUGUUUCCUCUGCCGUUGGGAAUAUGGUCGAGAAAUGGGAAAAUUCAGCCCGAAUUUUGGAUCAGAUGCUUCAAAACACCAAUGGGGAGGAACUGUCGGAAACGGAUCGUGUGUUCGCCUCGUUGAACAGGUGCACCUCGUUCGAAGAUCUCAUCCCACACGGUUACGACAAAAGUGAAUUGAAUGAAGAUGGGUUUAUUGAUACCAUCAAUGAAGGAACGGAGAAGGUCACUUUGCAUGGGCAGGCUCUCAGUCGUUUGUUAAGUGACCACAAAGACGUACGCAGUCUCAUGAUCCUCUUGAGUUCCAUGCACUUGGCGCAGAACCGGAUUCAGUUGUACAACGAAAAGUUCCAACAUUCUGCUCAGCCGGAGCCCUUUAAAAAGUCCCUUUUGGAAUUGAGAGAAAUCAUCGAAGCCAUUAACUCUCAGAUUUUUGAAUACCAAUCGGUGCUUAUCAACACCACAGUGAUCCACGAUGCCGAGAGCCAGGAUUGGACGGCAGCCAGGCCGUUUUACGAAGGCACGAGGAUUUCCGUGGCCGUUCAGUUUUGGGGAUUUCACCUGCAAAUCCUCCGGAGUGAUUUAUUCAACAUUCUUCCACCCAAAGUCGCUCAAAGUCUGCUGGCCAAGAUUUUCGACGGCUCUUUGUCGCUCUUAGCCGGGAGAUACUGCAAGAUCAACCCGUCUCCAGCUCGACUGGCCCAAUAUCGAGCAGAUAUUACGGCCAUUCUCCUGAUCACCCACGACAUUAUGUUAAGCUUGUUCCCAGGCAUUCAAAUGUUCCUUGACACGAGGAGCAACGUAUUGGCCCGCAGCAUCCACGCCAAGGCUGCUAUAUUAUGCACAGCCUUAACCUUGGUAGGAUGUCCAAUGAAAGCAAUGGCUCGAGUGACCUUACAAGGUUCCAACCUCGACCUGGCUGAUUCCACGAACCGACUUCAGCCCUUGGACAAAAACCUGGAGGACAAUCGACGUUUGAUCUAUUGGCUUCAUUUGAUCCUUCCUGGCUACUAUUCGAACGUUCCAGAGAAACUUGGCACUCCUGCUUUUGUGUAUCUCUUGGGACGGAUGAAUGCACUCCAGCCUGGGCCCAAUUGGCCUUUGUUGGUACGUUUGUGCUUGGCCAGAAAUAUGGAAUUCUGUGGCGUGGUGUUGCAGAAUUUUGGAGCCUUCAUCCCGGGAAUUACGGGCGAGCCGUUCGUCAAAAGCAUGAAGGAAGGCUGUGGAAAACUGAUGUGCACGAAGCGAUGCUUAGGAACGGCGGACAUAUUUUGGCCUCAGGCCGUGGCCAGUGGGAUCUUGUAUGUGGUUAUGCAUGGCAAUCCAGACAAGACCGGCUUAACGCAGGUUUUGGAGCCUUUGCUGAGGCGCCUAAGUCCCAAUUCUUGGGAUGUGCUGCACGUGAACGUUAUGUGGAACGUCAAGAAACCCGUGUGGUUCCAAGGCCUUUUGGAUCUCAUUGAGCCCUUUUUCCAUCCUAUUAUUGAUGAUUUAUUGGACGAUGUUGAAUCAGGACGUACAUGGAUGCUCUCUCAAGUGCCCGAGGCCAUUGCGAAGUUGAACACCAAUAUAUUGGAUGUUGCCUACCUUAUCCCUCCUUCAUUUUAUCAGGUUUGUGAGCUUAUCGAGUCUCUUUUGCCGGACAACAUUCGUCCCUUGUGUGAUUCGGUGGUGGUCCAUAUUUUCAUUUCUUGCAUCUAUGGAAUCAUCACAAAGCUCAUUCCAAUAUUUCGGGAAUGGCGGAUGCAAAGAGAGAAGCUGGAUUUCCUGACGGCUGUGGGCGAGAAGCUUUGUAAUUUGAAUGCUUCCACGAAGGAAAUGCAGAAACUCGAGGGGUUGACGGACUCCUCAUCCACCGCCAAAACCGAGAAGAACCAUCGUUGGGACGACUCUCCCGAGGAGUUUGUGGAAAUCAUUUCAAGAAUGGUGGCUGAUUCACUACUCACCGACCCUUUCGGGCAAGAGUCAUUGAAGGCGGUUUAUCGAUUUGUGUCAUAUAACUCAGAGUGGCUCCACACAACUUUGGGGGUGAACGCAAUGGUGGUCACAUCAUCCAAUGGCACUUCGGCCACCAACAACUCUACCACCACUCCCAACACUACCAUCACCACUACUACUACUACUACUUCUCCUCCCACCAACAACAUUAAGAGUGACACCACCAAAUUGGAUUCUGGCGAGAAUGAAAAACCUCGAAUUGUUCCGUGGGGAGAAAAAACAUUCCAAGAGCCCAGUUUGAUCAAGGCCGUAUCGAGUGUCGGUCACAUCAAGUAUUCAUGGCUUUUCGCACAAUACCAACACUCGUGGGAAGACAACUUGAGGUUCGUGUCCACCAAACCGUCGCCUUUGAUCGUUCGUCUGCUCAAGAAACGCCCUGAAUUCCAACAUCCUGGCCAAAUCGAACAAACGGACAAGUUGCUCUUCGAAGACGUUUACCGACAACUCCAGCGAAGUGUUCGAGAGCGAACCACGCUUUUGGACCGUUAA